AUGGCCGCAAUCCAGUACCACUGCCGCUCGCUGACCGAGCUUCUCGAGAAACGCGCGCGCGAGACGCCGGAUCGCGUCGCGAUAUACACUGGCGAGGCCAACGAUGAUUCUACCAAGCUGCUUCAGCCAUUGACAUACGGCGAUGUGGCGAAGGCAGUCGACCGCCUUGCCUGGCACUACUCUGCCAUCCCAGGCUUCCUGCCCGAACCAGCGGCUGAUGGACUUCCACCACCACGCAUCGUCGCUGUGCUCGUCAGCAGUUCUAUCGAUGAGUCGUUCCUCGAGAUGGCGCUUGCAAAGCUCGGCAUGACCGCGCUGUUGCUAUCCGUCAACAACUCUGUUCAGGCGGUCGCGCACUUGACGAAGCUGACGAAGGCAUCUCACCUGAUAUACGGGCCGCGCUUCGCAGAUGAUGCUCUCGAGGCUCAGCAUCUGCUGCACGAGCAGGGUAUCAACGUCGAGAUCAUUCCUGACAAGCGCUUUCCGCUUUGGGGAGAGCAGGGCGCUGCAGUGGCGUCAGUGAAGCCUUAUCAGGCUCGCCUCACCCCCGACCAGGAGCGCGACCGCCCUGGCGUACUUCUCCACUCGUCUGGAUCGACCGGCUUCCCCAAGCCCGUCUACGUGACGCACUAUGGCCUCGUCGCCAACAUCGCGCUCAACCAGAACAAGCCAGCAUUCAGCACCCUGCCCGUGUUCCACGGCUACGGGCACUUCGCUAUCUUCCGCUGUUUCUACGCUUGCCAACCUAUCACGCUGUUCCCGCCACACCUCCCACUGACGUCGGGGAACAUCGUGAAGGUGCUCGCAGCCUCGCCUCCGGUGAAGCAAUGCUUUGCCGUCCCCUAUGUAAUCAAGUUGAUGGGCGAGACUGUCGAGGGCAUCGAUGCUUUGGCAAGCUUCGACGUCGUCAGCUAUGCUGGGGCUGCGCUUCCCGACGACCUUGGUGACCGCCUGACGAAGGCGAACGUCAACCUCCUGAGCAUCUACGGCACGACAGAGACUGGCUCCCUCAUGAACUCGCAACGCGACUUCAUCACCGACAAGCUCUGGAACUGGGUCCGGCCCCUCCCAUCGAGCAAGGACUUCCUCGUCUUCGAGCCCCGCGGCAACGACGCCUUCGAGCUCGUCGUCAAAGACGGCUACCCUCCCAAGAUCGAGACUAACCGUCCCGACGGCUCCUAUGCCACCAAGGAUCUCUUCCUUCAACACCCCGAGCGCCCGGGCCUAUACAAGUACGUCGGCCGCCUCGACGACACGCUGGUGCAGACGCUCGGUGAGAAGACGAACCCGGUGCCCAUCGAGCUGGCGAUUCGGGGGAACAGCCCACUGGUGCAGGAAGCCAUUGUAUUCGGAGCGGGAAGGCCGCAGACGGGAUGUCUGAUCCUGCCGAGCGAUCUGGCGAAAGAUAUGUCGCGCGAGGAGUUGAUGGACAAGAUUUGGCCGGUCAUCGAGAUGGCGAACGAGGCGGCGCCUACGCAUUCGCGCUUGCUGCCCGAGAUGAUUGAGUUCUUGCCAUACGGCACCCAGAUCCCCGUCGCGACGAAGAUGAGCAUCCUCCGCCCGGCCUGCUACGCCAAGUUCAAGGACAUCAUCGACAAAGUCUACGACCGCUUUGAGCAGGGCAACCAGGCGGAGAAGCUUCGCCUCUCUGGACCCGACCUCGAGCAGUUCGUCUUCGACACCAUCGCGAAGACCGUCGGGACGACGAAGGCCAGCUUGCUGACGCGCGACAUUGACCUCUUUGCGUUUGGUGUCGACUCGCUGCAGGGCACGCGAAUUCGCAAUACGCUGCAGAAGAGCCUUGAUAUCGGCGACCAAGUCCUAGGGCAGAAUGUCGUAUACGAGCAUCCAACGGUGACGAAGCUCGCCGAGCACAUCGCCGAGCUGCAGUCGGGCUCCGGCGCUACGACGUCCGAUGCGUCCCAGCACGACUUAAUGCUGAAGAUGGUCGACAAGUGGGCGGAGCAGUUGACGACCAAGAAGGCUACAGGAAACGCUGGAAAGGAUUCGCAGGUCGUCCUCCUAACCGGCGCUACUGGCUCCCUUGGUGCACACAUUCUCGCGCAGUUGACAGCCUCUCCGGCCGUAAAGAAGAUCGUUUGUCUGUCACGUGCCAAGUCGCACGAAGACUCCCUUGGGCGUGUCAAGGACUCGCUCGCUCAGCGCAAGCUCUCUUUGACCCCAGAGCAAGCCGCCAAGGUCGUCUCCUACGCCGCUAACCCAAAUGCCGAGGAUCUUGGGCUCUCUCAGCCUGAGCACGACGCCCUGUCCGCUGAGAUCACGUCUGUUAUCCAUAACGCCUGGCCUGUCAACUUCAACCUCAGCCUCGCCUCAUACGACGAGCACGUCGGAGGGGCGCUGCAUCUCAUCAACCUCGCGCUCGCUUCCGCUCAGGGCGCCGACUUCUUCUUCAGCUCCUCCAUCUCCUGCCGUCAGGCAGGCCCCGAGGAGCGCGUGCCGGAGGACUUCUCCGACUCUCCCUCAACGGCGGUCGGAACGGGCUACGCGCGGAGCAAGUGGGUCGUCGAGAAACUUUGUCAACGCGCGGCAGAGAAGGGCGUGCGCGUCGGUGUCUUGCGCAUUGGGCAGAUGGUGGGCGAUACUGAGAGCGGCGUGUGGAACGAGACCGAGGCGUGGCCGCUCAUGUUUAAGGGCGCGCAGACCAUGGGUGCGCUUCCCAAGACCGGCGAGCGCGUAUACUGGCUGCCUGUCGACUACGCCGGCAGGUCGAUCUCGGAGCUCGUGUACCGCGCGGACGCGCCGCAGAGUACCGUCUACCAUAUCGUCGACCCGCUGCCCACGAGUUGGGACGAGGACAUCCUCGGCGGCUUGCGCGAUGCUGGGCUCGUGUUCGACGCCGUCGACAAGGACGAGUACGUGCGCCGGCUGGAGGCAAGCGAGCAGGACCCAGUCAAGAACCCCAUCAUCAAGUUGUUGCCGUUCUUCCGCGCUCGAUACCAGAAUGCGUUGAAGCGGGCACCCAUGGUCUUCGUUACGGAGAACACAGGGAAGGUGGCGCCGAGCAUUGCCAACGCGCCACCGACGACCCAAGAACUCGUGGUCAAAUGGUGCAAGCACUGGCGAGAGACGGGAUUCCUGCAAUUUAGCUCCUCACCCGACUGUGUUUUGAUGCUGGAAGUACGAAUGAUGGAAAUCAGGGUCCAAUGCUAUGGGGUGGUCGACUUGGUCGAUGGUGCAUUUGCCGCUGCGCCGGACCCUAAGAAGUCUCCGAAUAGUCUCUCGGCGCGCAUCUUCACGCCCUCCCAGUUGUCGAGAGCAGGGCCCCCGCGCGGGAUCGAGGAGACCUCACGCUCGGUGGAAAGCGAUGGUCCGGCGCCGGGGGUCGACGAGUUCCCGAAGAGGCGCGCCCAAGUCGAGGUCGAGGUCGAGUUCGGGGUGUGGUCGACUGGACAUUUGUCGGCGGAAGACUGCCCAUGGUCGACGGGGCAGCCCCCAGAGCUCUUUGGGGGCAUGUUCGUAUGGUCAACGGGGCAAGACAUGGUGGCGGUCGGAAACAAGCGCUCGUCGUUCCGCUCGGCGGCGAACCUACGAUCGGCGGGGACCACAAAGACCAGGACGCAUCUGAAGGGGGCUGGAGCGCAAGCUGCGGGUGCCGCGGAGGGCGUACCGAAGUCCUUCGUGAUCAAGCAUGGCCAGGUUGGCACGGCGCUCACUACUCUCGUUCGCGAUCUGCGCAAAGUUAUGGAACCAAACACCGCCAGUCGCCUAAAGGAACGGAACAGGAAUAAGCUGAAAGACUACUUCACCAUCGCACCUGCACUCCAUGUCACCCAUCUCCUCGCAUUCACCCUCACCCCCGUCGCCCCCUCCCUCCGCAUCGUUCGCCUCCCCGCAGGACCUACCCUCAGCUUCAGGAUUGAGAGAUACAGCCUCAUGAAGGAUAUCCUUGCUAGCUCGCGCCACGCUCGUAGCAUCGGCAUGGAGUACCUCUCUCCUCCUCUGCUUGUUCUUGCCUCUUUCCCAAAGCCAGGGCCAGACACGCCACCACACCUUCCCCUAAUCAUGAAGGCUUUUCAGUCACUUUUCCCUGGCCUGUCCCCAAAGUCCCUUCGACUUUCCUCCGCCCGCCGCGUUGUCCUCGUCGCCUACAAUCCCGACAAGGGUACGCUCGACUUUCGGCACUACAUCAUCACUGUCAAGCCACAGGGUGUCUCGCGUCGCGUCCGCAAGAUCCUUGAGGGCACUGCAGGCAAGACGCACUCAUCUGAGUUCCUCGAUCUCGGCAACGAGAAGGACAUCGCCGACUUCUUGCUACGCAAACGCGGAGAGGCUGGCCCUGACGGCGGUUACGAGAGCGCGUCGUCCGCGCAAAGCGAAGCAGGCGAAGAAGCGGAUGCGGUCGAUCUCGCCGAAGACUACGUCGGGCGCAAUAACAAGAAGGGUCAGAGGAGAGCCGUUCGCCUUGAUGAGGUCGGCCCCCGUAUGGAACUCCGCCUGGUGAAGAUCACGGAGGGUCUUCCGGGCAAGGAAGGAGGCGUCAUAUAUCACGAGUUUGUCAAGAAGAGCAAGAAAGAGACCGCCGCGCAAAAGGCAGCCCAUCUUGAGAAGGAGCGGAUACGCAAAGAGCGUCGCGAAGCCCAGGAGCGAAACGUUGCGAAGAAAAAAGCAGAAGAGGCCGCCAAGAAGGGCAAGGGCAAGAAGGCAGCCGCUGCAGGGGAAGACGAAGACGAAGAUAUGGAGGCGGCCGAAGACGAAGAAGAUGAGGUUGAGGAGGACGAUGGGAGCGAUGGUGAGGGCGUUUGGAAGGACGACGAUGAAGAUUGGGACGAAGAAGAGGAGAUCAGUGAGGGCGAGGAUAGCGAACUGGAAGAGGCUGAACAAAGCAGCGCUAGCGAGGACGAGCGUCCACCGCCGAAAAAGGCUAAGCUACGCAGUAAGCCGCAAGGGAAGCGCCAGCGAUAG